CUCUCUCUGUCUUUCAGCUCUAAGAUCUAAUGAGUUUCCUACGUUUUUCAUGGUGAUAUACUAAAUAUUGCUGUUCUGUCUGGCGUUAGUUUUGAUCUACGCUUCGAUUCUGAUUGAUUAAGUAUGGACGAGAGAACCGAAGACGACGACCGGGAGGCAUUGGCAGGGCUAAGCUCUGCCCCUCCGCCCCGAAAAUCCCACUCAUUGAGCCAGCAGCUGCGUGCAUCCUCCGCGCAAAAGCGUCACCACCAAAUGCGCAAGCACAGCCUCGACGACGUCCACGUUGUCCCCAAGAACAUCCAUAAAAACAAUGCAGACUACUACGACUCUUCCGACGACGAUUUCUUCCCCUACUCGACCUCCUCCGCUAAUACCACCACGAGUGUGAACAUGAAUGUUGGUGUUGGCCCUGAUCAAGAGUUGUACGCCGCGGGCUCUCACUCGCAGAGACUUGACCAAAGCCUCUGCAUGGAGGGUGAGGGUGGCCAUGGUGAUUUAGAUCAUCAUGACGGCAGCAGGGAAAGCCAGCCGCUGUCAGAAUUCAUCGGCAGUGGAGGCGGCGCUGGAAUCUUCAAGGUUCCAACUCGGGCCUCCGUGCAUCCUGGCCGUCCGCCCUGCUUGGAGCUGAGACCGCACCCGUUGAGGGAGACCCAGGUGGGGAGGUUCCUCAGGACCAUUGCCUGCACAGACACCCAGCUGUGGGCCGGGCAGGAGGGUGGGGUGAGGGUGUGGAAUUUGAAGGACGUGUUUGAACCGGGGUGCGGCCUUGGCGGCAGAGUGCUGAGGGGUGAUGAGGACGCUGCCCCUUACUAUGAAUCCUCCAACUCCUCUCCUACCCUCUGCCUCAUGGUUGAUUCCGGGACUCGGUUGAUUUGGACUGGCCAUAAGGAUGGCAAGAUCAGGUCGUGGAAGAUGGAUCAGCCUUUGGAUUCUUCUACUCCUUUUAAGGAAGGUCUUUCAUGGCAGGCCCACCGCGCUCCGGUUCUUGCCAUGGUUUUCACUUCUUACGGUGAUAUGUGGUCAGGUUCUGAGGGUGGUGUUAUUAAGAUCUGGCCCUGGGAAUCCAUUGAAAAAUCUCUCUCUCUUAAACCAGAGGAAAGACAUAUGGCAGCUUUACUGGUGGAGAGGUCAUGCAUUGACCUCAGGAGCCAAGUUACCGUCAAUGGUGUUUGUAGUAUAUCUUCUCAAGAUGUAAAGUGUUUGGUAUCGGAUAAUUUUAGAGCUAAAGUUUGGUGUGCUGGGUCUAUGUCCUUCUCUUUGUGGGAUGCUCGUACAAGAGAGCUUGUGAAAGUCUUUAAUAUAGAUGGUCAGACUGAGAAUCGAGUUGAUAUGUCAUCAGUGCAGCAAGAUCAAGCAGUAGAAGAUGAGAUGAAGGUAAAAUUUGUUUCCACAUCAAAAAAGGAAAAAUCCGGGGGCUUUUUGCAACGGUCGCGUAAUGCUAUAAUGGGAGCUGCAGAUGCUGUUCGUCGAGUUGCAACCAGAGGGGCAGGGGCAUUUGUAGAAGAUGCCAAGAAGAUAGAGGCACUCGUGCUAACCGCAGAUGGCAUGAUAUGGAGUGGAUGCACAAAUGGUUUACUGGUGCAGUGGGAUGGAAAUGGAAACCGUGUGCAAGAUUUUAACCACCAUCCUUGUAGCGUCCAAUGCUUUUGCACUUUGGGGACACAAAUAUAUGUAGGCUAUGUGAGUGGCAUGAUGCAGGUAUUGGAUCUUGAGGGAAAUCUAAUUGCAGGAUGGAUUGCACACAGCAGUCCUGUGAUCAAAUUAGCAGCUGGAACUGGUUCUGUUUUUAGCUUGGCUACUCAUGGUGGCAUACGUGGGUGGAACAUCAAAUCUCCAGGACCUGCGGACAACUUGGUACGUUCAGAAUUAGCUGCGAAAGAACAUGUAUAUACCAGAACAGACAAUGUUAGAAUUUUAAUUGGCACAUGGAAUGUUGGUCAAGGAAGAGCAUCUCAGGAUUCUUUAAAGUCAUGGUUGGGUUCUGUUGUGCCAGAUGUUGGCAUUGUAGUUGUUGGGUUGCAAGAAGUAGAAAUGGGUGCAGGCUUUCUUGCAAUGUCUGCAGCAAAAGAAACUGUAGGGCUUGAAGGGAGCUCUGUUGGGCACUGGUGGCUUGAUAAUAUAGGAAAGGCCCUAGAAGAAGGAAGAACUUUUGAACGUAUGGGUUCUAGGCAGUUGGCAGGCUUGCUCAUAUCUCUUUGGGUAAGAAAGAAUCUCAGAACACAUGUUGGAGAUAUUGAUGCUGGAGCAGUUCCAUGCGGCUUUGGUCGUGCGAUUGGGAAUAAGGGAGGUGUUGGUUUGAGAAUCAGAGUGUAUGAUCGUAUAAUGUGCUUUGUGAACUGUCACUUGGCUGCACAUUUAGAAGCUGUGAAUCGCCGUAAUGCUGAUUUCGAUCACAUUUAUCGAAAUAUGGUCUUCAACCGGUCAUCUCUAAUUAACAAUGCAGCUGCUGGUGUCGCAACUUCUGUUAACAUGACUCGGCCAACAAAUGCUUCAGGCAGCGGCGGCAGCAGCAGCAGCAGCAGCAGCAGCUCUGAGGAAGCAGCAAGGCCUGAAUUAGCUGAAGCAGAUAUGGUUGUUUUUCUGGGUGAUUUCAACUAUCGACUUUUUGGUAUUUCUUAUGAUGAAGCAAGGGACUUUGUUUCGCAAAGAUGCUUUGAUUGGCUCAGAGAAAAAGAUCAGCUUAGAGCAGAGAUGAAAGCUGGGAAAGUUUUCCAAGGGAUGCGUGAGGCACUCAUUCGAUUCCCGCCAACAUACAAGUUUGAGAGGCACCAAGCAGGUUUAGGAGGAUAUGAUUCUGGUGAGAAGAAACGAAUUCCUGCCUGGUGUGAUCGAAUAAUAUACCGCGACAAUCGAUCAUCUCCAGUUUCAGAGUGUGGUUUAGAGUGUCCUAUAGUCUCAUCAAUUUUACAGUAUGUCUUCUUCUUCUCCGGGGAUUGUAUUUUAUUUUCCUUGUUUCAAUUGUACUUAAGUUUGGUCCAAAUUUCAAAUAGGUAUGAUGCAUGCAUGGAUGUGACUGACAGUGAUCACAAACCUGUCCGGUGUAAAUUGUCUUUACAAAUUGCCCAUGUUGAUAGAUCAGUAAGGAGAAAAGAGUUUGGGGAAGUCAUAAAAUCCAAUGAGAAAAUCAGGUCUAUGCUUGGAGAAUUAAACUAUGUUCCAGAAACUACUGUCAACACCAACACCAUAAUUCUUCAAAAUCAGGACACAUCCAUUUUGCGUAUCACCAAUAAAUGUGUGAAGGACAUGGCCGUGUUUAGAAUAAUUUGUGAAGGGCAGUCCACCGUGAAGGAGGACGGCGAUGAGCUUGACUAUCGCGCAAGAGGAGCCAACGGACUUCCCCGAUGGCUUGAGGUUACACCAGCAGCUGGGAUGAUAAAACCUGAACAGAGUGUGGAGGUGUCAGUUCAUCAUGAAGAGUUUCAUACCUUAGAAGAAUUCGUUGAUGGCAUCCCUCAAAACUGGUGGUGUGAAGACACCCGAGACAAGGAAGUGAUUUUAAUAGUGAAUGUGGAAGGGAGUUGCUCAGCCCAAACAUUUAGUCAUCGAGUCAGAGUGAGGCAUUGCUUCUCCUCGGCCAAGACAAUCCGCAUUGUCUCAAAGUCCAACAGCUCCAGAAAAGGGCAAGCAAGUCCAGUUCACAGGCAAUCUAACAAUUCAAGCAGUGAAGCGAAACAAACUUGAAAAAUCCUUGAAACGAACUAGUAUCAGUUACUGAUAGUAAGUAUGAGGCAGGCAGUUAUAGAUGCGUGAUCGGCUGGUAGGAGUGCAGAGGGAGGGAUUUAGGAACAGGUUUUAUAUAUUGAGCAUCAGAAGCAGCAGCAUCAUGUCCAUGUCCUCUCUCUAAUAUUAGGUUAAGUUUUACAUCAAAGCUUGCUUUCUAAUCAAACAAGUAGUUUCUGGGUGGGUAAAGGUAAGCUAUGCUUGUUUGUUGGAGGCUGUAAGGAAGGAAACGUGACAAAGAAUCUUUCUUGUGUUGUCUACUUUUAUUUCUGAUUAGUAGGUCAUAAACUAAUAAUGACUGAUUAUAUUGUA